ACGCUGUGUACGUCACGAUGCGCCAGUAGUAGAAUAGAAUACAGUAGGAGCGGAGGAGUAGAGACAAUGUGCCAAAAACGAUGAGACGUUGGGUGCAGGUUUGUACGAAGAACCCGGUCCUUAGGACCAAACGAGUAAUCGGCGAUACCCGCCGAUUCGUGGCAUCUACGACGGUGUGCCGCAGAAACAAGAAAUUGAAAGAGAUUGCCCGUAAAGAAGUCGAAAAGGACAGCCUUCAACCAGAGGGUGCUCCAGAAGGAACAAUUCCCACAGACUUGGAGCAGUCUACAGGCCUAGAACGGGCAGAAAUGAUCGCAGACAUUUUGGGUGAAGACCUUUUCGACAUGGCCCCCUUGGAUUCGUCUCGGACAGGCACUGUGCAAGACCCUAUCAUUGUACCGUCGCUAGAUCCUUACCGGUAUAUUGGGUGCACAGGCAGCCCAGCCGACUCGCAUCCGAUUGUGUGGAUGACCGUGAAGGAGGGCAAGCUGCGUCGGUGUCCAACGUGCGGCUCUGUAUACCGUUUACAGCGUCACACACACAGCAAAGACGUCGAAGAAGCAGCGAAGAAUGUUGACAAUGAAGACAACGGAGGACAAGACGACGAAGGACGGUGACAAAUGAACGAGAUUUGAUUGCGUUGGACUGCACACACCUUGCUUCAAUCAACCAUACACCCCAUCUCGUCCUGUCUCCCUCCGUCAACGCCGACCAGGCUCCAUAUGCAGUUAAUG